UCCUCCUACAACGUGCUUUAAAGUUAGCCACUUAAACUACCCCAUCCAGCCCGCAGACGUUGUUAUCAAAACCAACAGGGCUCCAACAGUACCAAGACAAAGAAUAAAAUAAUCUUUGCUCAAGCCGACUUUCGAAAGCAAGACGCACGCCUUCCUCAUCAUACACCGAGAGUGCUUUUCCUUCUUUUCGCGAGGAGACGCCGCUAGGCACUUGGCCACCUCUUUUGACUUUUUUCCCCUUCUGUUUUUGAUGGGGUGUUGUGCGGCAGAUUUUCUGCUUGGAGUUUCUAUUUCACUGGUGUGUGCUUUUAUGAAGGGUUGACAAUUCGUCAAAGCUUAAUUGUGGACCUGUUGGUGUGAGUGAUUUAUUUGGCUUUGCAAGUGACACGAUUUUUUAAGUAGCUGGAAUGGCUACUUUACCAGGAACAGUACCACGAAUGAUGCGUCCAGCUCCAGGCCAGAACUAUCCCCGAACCGGAUUCCCUUUGGAAGGUAUGCGGAUGGCAGAGGAUGCUCGUGAUACGAGGGAUAUACAUCAACAGAUGGCCUGGCCAUGUACAUUAAUAUCAACACCACUGGGCCAAGGUCGGGUGAAUCAACUUGGUGGAGUUUUCAUCAAUGGAAGGCCACUACCAAAUCAUAUCCGACACAAGAUAGUAGAGAUGGCUCACCACGGCAUCCGGCCCUGCGUAAUCUCGCGACAGCUGCGAGUCUCCCACGGCUGUGUGUCCAAAAUCCUGUGUCGGUACCAGGAGACGGGUUCGAUACGUCCUGGGGCGAUAGGUGGAAGCAAACCCAGGCAGGUGGCAACGCCGGACGUGGAAAAGAGGAUUGAGGAAUACAAACGCGAAAACCCAGGGAUGUUUAGCUGGGAGAUAAGAGACAAACUUCUGAAGGACGGGGUGUGCGACAGAAGUACGGUUCCUUCAGGUGAGGCCUCAUCCGUGAGCUCUAUUAGCCGGGUAUUGCGCGCACGCUUUGGGAAAAAAGAUGACGAUGAUGAUUGUGAUAAAAAGGAUGAAGACGGCGAGAAGAAAACCAAACAUAGCAUCGAUGGGAUACUUGGUGAUAAAGGUAACCGCACUGACGAGGGCUCGGACGUGGAGUCGGAGCCGGACCUGCCCCUGAAGAGGAAGCAGCGCCGCAGCCGGACCACCUUCACGGCCGAGCAGCUGGAGGAGCUGGAGAAGGCCUUCGAGCGGACACACUACCCCGACAUCUACACCAGGGAGGAGCUGGCCCAGAGGACCAAACUCACAGAGGCACGGGUGCAGGUGUGGUUCAGCAACCGAAGAGCCAGGUGGCGUAAGCAAGCGGGAGCCAAUCAGCUCGCUGCAUUCAACCAUCUCCUGCCAGGUGGCUUCCCCCCCACUGGAAUGCCCACUCUACCCACGUACCAGCUGCCUGAGUCCGGCUACCCCAGUACCACCCUCUCACAAGAUGGCAGCAGCACGUUGCACCGGCCCCAGCCCCUGCCCCCCUCCUCCAUGCACCAGAGUGGGCUCUCAGCAGACGGCAGCUCCGCCUAUGGCCUGUCGUCAGCCAACCGGCACGGCUUCUCCAGCUACUCCGACACCUUCAUGACCCCCUCGGCCUCUGGCAACCACAUGAACCCCGUCAGCAACGGCCUCUCCCCACAGGUGAUGAGCAUCCUGAGUAGCCCCGGCGGGGUGCCCUCUCAGCCCCAGCACGACUUCUCCAUCUCGCCGCUCCACGGCAGCCUGGAGAGCUCGUCCAACCCCAUCUCGGCCAGCUGCAGCCAGCGCUCGGACUCCAUCAAGGGCGUGGACAGCCUGGCCUCGUCCCAGUCCUACUGCCCGCCGACUUACAGCGCCACCAGCUACAGCGUGGACCCCGUCACCGCCGGAUACCAGUACAGCCAAUACGGCCAGACGGCAGUGGACUAUCUGGCCAAGAACGUGAGCCUGUCCACCCAGAGACGCAUGAAACUGGGGGACCACUCCGCCGUGCUGGGCCUACUACAGGUGGAGACAGGACAGGCCUAUUGAGGACCGCCACAACCACUCAAGGCAUUACCAGCAGCCUCACACACACACAGUGAUGUUUACACACACACACACACACACAUGCACGCAUACAGUACACACAUUCAUAAUGAUGAACAGAUAACACACAUAGAUAGGUACAUGCCUUCCCUCACACAAACACACACACACACACACACACACACAGACUGUCACCUCGACACACAAUUGCACACAAACAUCCAUACAGAAGCACAGACAUUAACACAUACCAGCACAUAAUGCUCACUGUUGUGGGAGGGCUGAAUUGACAUUAUGGUCACUGGUUUGGCACUCAGAGGCUUGGGAGAAGAGUGUGUUGUUCCAGCAUUAGCCACUAGGAGGCAGCUCGACAACCCCUCCCAACAUCAGCCUGGCUCAGCAGAUGACCUGCUGGCCUUCAAGAGACCCCCAGAACUCAGUGACUUUUGCUUUUGGCCAACAUUUAAAGCGCCAUCCAUGCGUCCCUCCAUGCAGAGCCAUUUUGCAAUUAUUUUUUUCCACUUUGCUGUUUAUAGUUCUCUAUGAAUUCAAUGUCCUAAAAAUGGAGAAAUGAUUCCAUUUUUUAAUGUAUAUUGUUAUUAUAAUAAUAAUUAUAGUUGUUGUAAUUAUGAUUAUGAUUGUUGUAACUCUAUUGUUUUCUAUUCCAGUUGUAGCAUUCCUUCUUUGUUAUUUUUUGGUAGACGUCAAUGUGAUGCUAGCCAAUGGCUGAGGAACAGAGAGAUUAUUGAGAGAGAGAGAGAAAGAGAGAUAUUAAACACCCCAACACCUCCCCCCUUUUUUGUCUUGCUUGCCAUUCUCUGGGCUCUAAUGUUCGUGAGUGAUUUGACCUUCCCGACUUUAAUAUUUCACUUGACAUUCCAGAGGAACUUGGCCACUCUGUGGGAAGUCUGGCUCAAUGUAUUCUGCUGGGAAUUAACCACACUCUGAGCAGCCAGUAGAUUUCAUCCCUCCACCAAAUGCCCCUGUCCUCCCCACCCCCACAUCUAAAAAUGAAAUCCAUGGGGGCGGCAUCCUACCUCCCCAGCAAAAAGCAAAACAAGAGAAAGAUUUAAACAUUUAUCUCCGUUUUUUAUAUGAGCAUUGUGAAGGAGGACCUCAUGCUAAUCGGACUUGCCUAUCCCCUCUGUCCAGGCCCAGCUUCUGUUUGAAGUGGGAGAGCAGAGUUAAGUCAACACUCUGUGAUGCAUACUAAACUUUGACCCGUGCAAUGAGUAGUGGACUGCCUGCUCUCCUCCUUUGAGCACGCCUGCUCUGCAGCAAACAUGUGGCCCUCUGAUGAAUCAGGAGCUCUAGAACAUUCCACAGAUUCUUGUAAAAUCAGACGAAUUUUCUUUCUUUAUUUUCACGCUCUCUCUCACACACACACACACACACACACACACACACACACACACACACAGACACAGCCCAAAACAAGAUUAGGGUCCCAAGCUGUGGCAUUCACAUGCACUUUGACAAAUCAUAUAAUCCUCCAAACAAGGAAAGGGCAUAGAGGCCAAGACUUUUGUACCUCUUUCUUUCACUCGUUCAGCCACCCCUUCUUUCUUCCUCUUUAACAUUCUCUCUCUUUCUGAUGAAUGAAAACACAGGUGCCCCCAAAAAUCUCUGAUUCCAGAACUCGUAUGCAUUCACAGAGUUGUACAAAAACAACACUUUUUUUUAAAGGGUAGUGGAAUUUUCAACAUUUUGAGUAGUGCUCCUAGUUUGACACAUUUGGCACAAUCUUAUUUAGUCGCUUCGAAAUGCCAUUGUACAGUAGAGAAAGCAGAUUGUGUACUGUAUGUUUAUAAAGAGUAUGUUUUAUACUAAAACAAAGCUGUUCAGUGAUAGAUGAAGCAAGGGAUUUGUGUAUGUCUUACAAUGUUUUUUUUGUGUGUUAACUUUCUUUUUUACUCCGUUGUUGUUUUUCAUUUUUGUGUUUGUUAUGGUUCAUUUGUACAUUUUCUACUGAAACUAUAAUGUGUUGUCUUUGCUCCCAAUGCAAAACAUUCUGAUAAAGGCUACUAUCGCCAAAAUGAUCCUAAUUGUCAUUUAUCCCCUCAAUUGACAAAACGCUCUUUUACCAGAAACCAAGUCUUUUUACAGGCUACCAAGCCUCCCAUGUCAUUGCCAGUCUGCCGUGUCUUGAACAGAGACUGGACUGUCUAAGUGACUGGACGUACUUUGGACGUCUAUUUCGGACUUCUGUUUGGGGAUACAUUCCCACCAGUAGGAUUGCCAAGAGUGGACCAUAGACUUCCACAUACCAUUCCACACCUCAAAGAAUCUCAGAUCCCUCAGUCACUCAGCACUUGUGAUGCACAGACCGGGGACCAAACAGACUGAGAUGCUCAGAUAGUGUGGAUGGACACAACGUGAUGUGCUGGUGUGUGUUGAGCAACA